GGUUGGUUUGCCGUGCAUGCAACAAAUCUGCAAGUGCCGUGACAUGCUCAAGCGCAACAAUUUCUCGAGUUGACUGAAGUACCAUAUACAAAUUGACUGCCUGUGCCAUAGACCCCUGACUGCCUUGAUCAGUGAACGUGCUUCGAACAGACUUCACAUUCUAGCUUCGGACCUUAUUACUUAGACGCACGUCAUCCUUUAACCUUUUCCACAAUCCUUCAGAAAUGUUACUUUAAUCUGUCAACGAGUAUUCGGUCCUUUGAAACUGGCUGCCUUUCUUCCAAUACGCUCGGAAAUGGCAGAAAUUCCACCUGAUUUUGGGGAUGCCUUUCCAGGAGAUGCCCGGGUCGACGUCGACAGCACCUGGAGGGAUCAGGUGGUGGGCAGCAACACCAUCGGCACAGCUACUAUUCCCCUAGCUUUAGCCGAAAUGGAGACGCAAACUGGCAGCACGGCCACCAACGGCACACAGACGGAGGACCAGCCGGUACCUGCCUCACAAGCCAAAGUUCAGGCAUCAGGGCUGGGAGACUUCAUGAAAAAGGUCGAGGGCAUGUUGAGCGGCGAGCUGACCAAGGCGGUGGAGGAGGCGGAGGUGAUGGAGCCCUUCACGCGCGCAGCAGACGACGAACAGGAGCCUGCCACCUGCGUGCACUACCUGUCACCCUUCCAGCAAAGUGACCCGGGGGUCGGUUCGGACCUGGGCUCCACCUCCUCCUCUGCGCCCGGCGGCGGUGGCUCCUCCUCCUCCGCCCCCGGUGGCUCCUCCGCUGCUGCUGCUGGCCCCGGCGGUCACCAGGUGAACAAGCACGGGCUGGUGGUGACGUGCCUGUCAUGGAGCUGCACGGGGCAGACCAUUGCGGCCUCGUUUGGAAGGUACGACGUGGUGGGCUGGUGCACCUCCCCCGGCCUGCUUGCCACCUGGAACCUGGCGAGGGAGGAGGUGAACGCCAGCCGCCCGGAUGCGCGCGUGGACACCGACACCUGCCUCAUGAGCUGCGCGUUCCACCCAACACACCCGGCCCUGAUCGCGGGCGGCACCUUCAACGGCGAGCUGUACGUGUGGGACCUCAGUCGCGAGGGCGACCCGCAGCGGGGCAGGUCGGACGUGCUGCUGGAUGUACGGCACAUGGAGCCCAUCAUCGCAAUCACAUGGCAGUACAACCUGACAGACGCCAACAAGUACGGCACCCGUGACAAGGCGUACCGGCUGGUGACUCUGGGGGCGGACGGGCGGGUGCUGACGUGGCUCUGGCACAAACUGGAGGCGCCGGUGUUCGGUUACCAGCUGCUGUUCCCGCAGCCGGGAGUGGACCGCCGCUUCGUGUGGGGCGGCGCAUGCAUGGCCUUCCAGCGGGAGCCCAGGGGGGCGGGG